AUGGCAUCCACUCCCUCAAACCGGAUUAAGCUUACACCGUCCGCCUCCCCGUUUCUCACCCGCCCCUCCCGCUCUCCGAUCCGGCCUCGAGCCCUCUACGACUCGAGCCUCUCCCUUCAGCGUGUGGUAGGGACCACCUGCGCCUCGCCCACCGGAUUCGACACCGUCCAGUCGUCCUUUGCCUACAUUGCUGGCGGUGCCGUCGUGGUUGUCGAUGUCUCUGGAGAGCACUAUGCCCAACGUUUCUACCGCGCCCGUCCGAGUGCCGUGCCCCUACUCGCCGUCAGCCCCGCUACCAAUGCCUCGUCAUCGACGCCCAUCGCCACUCCCAAGGCCAACGACAGCCGGAACCGAACGGCUGCUUCCCCGCGAGAGUCGCUGUACGCCCCCUCGUCCGAGUGGCCGGCCGAGUCGCCCUCCUCCAAGACAUGGACUAGCCGUGAGCGCAUCAAGGCCGCCACCUGUCUGGCCCUGAGUCGGGAUGGCCGAUAUCUUGCCGUCGGCGAAACUGGGUACGCCCCGCGCGUAUUGCUUUUCAACCUCCAGGACGCUUCCUCCGACGUGCCUCUAGUAUCCAUAAGUGAGCAUACUUUUGGCGUUAGGGCCGUCGCGUGGUCGCCCGAUACCCGGUACCUGGCCUCGCUCGGUGCGGCCAACGACGGGUUCUUGUAUCUGUGGAAGGUUGACCCUCGCACGGGCGCCGUGAAGUUGUUCCAGCAGAACAAGUGCACCUCGUCAGUCCGGGGGAUGGUAUGGAUGGGGACGAGCGUCAUCACAUUUGGUGUGCGCCAUGCGAAGGUGUGGAGGGUGUUUGAUGACGAGCCGGAACCUUCGCCGGGGACUGCUGCUGGUGGCACUGCAGCGAAAUCGAAAACUACCGAUGCCACAGCACCUGCCCCUACUAUUCAGACGCAAAAGCCGCUACCCGGGAGAAACAUCCUGCUGGGGUCCAUGUUGGAUGCUACGUUCUCCUGUACGCUUCCGUUAUCGGACGAGAAGGCAGUGAUCUGCUCUGAGACGGGAUGCGUCUGCUUGGUGGAUGACACCAACAAGCAGAUAAAAUUGACCAAGGUGCUUGAGGUUGACUUCAGCAUUACCUGCGUGUCCCGCCGUGGCGAGGCUGUGUAUGUUGGAGGCAAGGAAGGGCAGUUUGCUACCAUCGGCCUGAACGAUAUCUUGAACAGCAACCCCGACCCGACCGUGCAUGGUUCGACCAGGACUUCGGGUCUAAUCGCCAUGGGGUUCCUCGCUGAGAAUUUUGUGACCAUUGACAGCCGGCGUUCCAUCGACAUAUGGAGCGCUGACAACGUGUCUAACAAACUGGGCGAUGUCGAAGACCAAUCGCACAUCGCCCUUCCCGGACUCGGUGACCCAAUCGUGGGAAUUCAACGCCUUUGCGCGCCCAACGGGAUGGGCACCGGAUUCUUCACAUGGUCUGGAGCCGGGCGGGUGACGACCUGGAACUUGGACGGCAUGGUCCAGUCGGUCAUUGACAUACCCCUGGAACAGCCCCCAGACGCGGGUACCGAGUCCAACCCGACCAAUCAAGUCGUUGUGGCGAAAGCUACCGACGACGGGAGCCUCUUUGUGGCCGGCGACAAGCUGGGCGUGCUCCGGGUUGUCGAGGCUUCCUCGGGGGAGUGUCUGCUAGAGACCAAGGCCCACUCCUCCAACUGCCAGGAUAUCAGUGUGUACGAGGGCAAGACCCGGUUUCUCGUGGCCUCGUGCGGCCGGGAUCGUACGGUGCAGCUCUUCCACCGUUCCUCCGCGGGCGCGUUUGAGCAUUUCCAAACGCUUGAGUUCAGUGCCAAGGUGGUGCAGGUACUCAUCCCGACCGAGGACAAGCUCUUGACCUGUUCACUGGACCGGACGCUGCAGGUCCAUGAGCUGGUGAGCCGAGAAGGGGACCCCGACGUGAUGGCGGCGAUUCCAUUCAAAGUCAUCUCCUUGAAGGCGUCCCCGUCGUCGAUGGUGGUCACGGCAGAGGAGAAGGCGAUUUUUGUGUCGCUUCUAGACCGCUCCGUCUGCCAGUUUGACUUCCCCAGCGGGCGUAUGCUUAGCUCGUUCAAAUGCAAUGACGAGGCUGGGCAGGAUGCCGUCGUACUCGAGUCUCUCACGCAUGGCCAGGUCGGGCCUGAUUUGCCGUUUUUGCUGGGUAUCUCCAACACGGACAAGUCGGUUCGGGUCUACGACGCGCAGGCGGGCUGCUUUGUGGACCGCGAAUGGGGCCAUACCGAGGCCAUCAACGGCGUGGUCCUCGUCGAUAACGAGGAGACAGGUCGCAGGAUUGUGAGCGUGGGAGAGGACGGCACCAUCAUGAUCUGGACCCUCGAGGUCCAAGAACCGGCCAACGAUUCGCGGUCCCGGGAUCCGUCUCCAGAGAAACUGCCACAGCCGACGUCUGCUCGGCCACCACUACGUCGGGUCCUGUCGAAAGCAGAGCUCGCCGAGUUUCAACGCCCGUCGUCCUCGGCUGGGCUGACUCCUAACGGCUCAAGCGGCCGUCACGUCAAUCGCCGCCCAUCGAAAUUUCAACUUCCUUUCUCCUCACUUCGCACGCCGAACAGCAGCAAUGGCAUCAUCAACACCCCCGAAAAACCCUCCACCUCUCCGAUUAGCGCCACCAGCACCAUCGUUAUCGACGACACGCAUGCCCAAACACCAUCCCGCCGUCCGUCGUCCGGAGGCGGCUCUCGAUGUUCCGACGACAGCCCACCACCGGCUAGCCCCAAGACACGCAACAAAAUGUCCCGCCGCCCAUCGCUUCCCGCGCUAGGUGCUACCCCGUCGUCACUAGUCAAGUCCCGAAAGAACUCCAGCAACCACCGCAGCAGUACGAACGGGACUACGAAUGGCAGCGGAAGCAAUAACGGCAGUAAUGGGGGAAGUGGUGGAUAUGGCUUUGGGACAUUGAGCAUGGCGACGGAGCAGACGUGCCGGCAGCUGAGGGCGUACCGCAAGAAACUAGCUUCGGCAGACACGAUUCAUGCGGAUGUGCUGGCGCAACUGGAUGCGGAGUUAAGAUUGACGGCGGCCGCACUGGGUGAAAGGGCGAUUCGCAGCCGAAUGGCUAGUGGGCAUGGGGCUGGUUUGGGGGGUGGGAAUGGGAGUGGGAGGAGAGAAAGAGACAGGGACAGGGAUAAUAGGUCAAGGCAUGGAAGUAAUAGCGGGGCAAGUGGUGCCAAUGGCGGUACCAAUGCCAGCAACAACAGCAAUGGAGUCGGGCCCGAGGUCAGCGAAACGCUCCUCAGCGGGCUGUUAGAUCAGUACAGCGAGCGGCUGGUCAGCAUGCUAGACGAAAAGCUGAGGAUGAGGCUGAGGGAUGAGGAACGGGAUCGAGAUCGAGAUCGAGAGCGAGACCGCUACCGAGAUCCAGAUCGACCAACCACGGCGGGACAAGACUCGUGUGCCGAGUCGGGAUUCGAAGAUGGAGACGGGGAGAGUUGUAUCAGCGAUGGGACGGUUUGUGAGGAGCCGGAGGAGGUCUGA